AUGCUUCUCGGCGCGUCUUGGCUGUGCGCGUCCGGGGCGGCCGCUGCAGCCCCGAGCGAGGGCGACGACGACCGGCCGGGCGGGGGUCGGGGGGGCCGGGUGGCCGGCGAGGACAUGGACGAGUCGUCGCUGCUGGACCUACUGGAGUGCGCCGUGUGCCUGGAGCGCCUGGACACCACGGCCAAGGUGCUGCCGUGCCAGCACACCUUCUGCCGCCGCUGCCUGGAGAGCAUCGUGUGCUCGCGUCGCGAGCUGCGCUGCCCAGAGUGCCGCAUCCUGGUGGGCUGCGGGGUGGACGAGCUGCCCGCCAACAUCCUCCUGGUGCGCCUGCUGGACGGCAUCCGCAGGAGGCCCCGCGCCGGCUCCGGCCCAGGCCCCGGCAGCGCCCCGGGCUCCCCGGCCCUCCCUGCCGCGGGCAGCGCCAUCGCCAGCCUGCGCGAGCUGACCGCAGCCAAGGUGGGUGCCUGCCGCGGGGCUUGAAUGGGGCGGCGGGGA